UGCGACGAUGUGCCGUGCGACAAGUGCUGACAUGGGCAUCCCGGCCCAUGCAUUUGAGAAAGCCUUCACCAACAUUUUCAUGGGCAAGCCGGCAAGCCAGCAAUCACAGUCACAGUGGGGAGACAUUACGAUGCAGUAGCAACACUGAUGUAGCACGAUUGGCUGCCUCUAUCAAGCACAGGAUACUGGAGUGCGAGACUUGUGAGAUAGACUGUUUGGGACCUGAGUCCAUUUUCAGAUCUUUGAGCGCAAUGCAUUUGGCAAUGGUCUUCGUGAAGAGGGAAAGGUCAGAGGAGCGCACUCUUUGUUUGCGCCCUGAAGAGAUGCAUGUGACCAGUGGGGACACGCAAGACUUUUCUGAUGCAGAUCAGAUUGGAGAAGAUGCCAAGGGUAGAAGAGAGACCUUGCUGAGAAUGCGUAUCAAUGUGUUCUUGAGCAAUUGGCACCCUUUGGCUCUUGAAUCUGAAUCCGAGUUCCUUGUUGGCCCUGCGACGCACGUUGGCCUUGCAGCUGGGCUUUUCGCAUCACUUCUGAAGAACGGAGAAGAGGUGGUGGUCGGAGCAGGUCGUGCACCUGCGGCUGCUCGGGCCAUCAAGGUGUUAGCAGCUACCAACGUGUAUUUGACAAAGCAGGGGGUUCUGGCUGACAAGAUCUUCUUAGUAGCGCUUCGCUGGGACCGAGCACCCCGUGGCUAUGUGAACAGAGUUAUACUCACCAGCACAUUGCAGAAGAACAUCUGAAACGCGCCCAACACACAGCAGGAUGCCAGAUGCUCUGAAGAUAAUGAGAGUAUAUAGAUUCUUUCUGAUGUGCACGCCGUCCGUCAACUUUCACAAGAUGCCAGCUCAUGCGUCAGUGCACCCACAAGACUGAUGUGAUGUCUCAGGGAGCUCCUAGUGGUCGUAGUGUGUGAUGCGCUAUCACGGAAAUGUCACGAUGAGCAGAUAGUGAGCACCUUUCCGGAGACGAUGCAGCUCGGGAAGCCGUCGGGCCGCUGAGAGGAAGGUGACGUUGGAAAGUGUGUCAUAUAGUCAUAGAUGAUCAUAGAUGCCACCAGCCAGCGUUACCUUGCACCAAAAAA